AUGGCCCCAAUAGACAUAGUAAUUGAAGAAAGAAUGGAAAAGCAAGAACGUUCAGGAAGAACAGCGGAAGAAAGUAGAAAUAGAGUUUUGGAAAUGUGGUGUAAAAGAUGGAGUGAAAACAGAAAUGGGAAAGGUAAAUGGCCUAGAACAAUUAUAAAGGACCUAGAGUUUUCGAUAAACAGAGAAUACGGAGAGCUAAUAUAUGCCAUGAGUCAAUUUCUUUCUGGUCACGGUUGUUUCAGGUAUUAUUUAUAUAAAAUAAAGUUAAUUGAUGGCCCGAGAUGUCUCUAUGACGACUCCAAUGCUGAUAUGGUGGAGCAUACCCUUUUGGAAUGUAACCGAUGGACAGCUGAACGAAGAGUUCUAUACAAAAAACUAAGAGUCGAUAAAAUUAAGAUUUACGAUCUAGUUCCAGAGAUGAUUCGAUCCCCAGAAAAUUGGAAUGGUAUUCACACUUUUAUGGAGACACUAAUAGAUAUAAAAGAGAAAGAAGCUAGACGAAGUAACCAAAAUAUCACAUUAAAACCGCCCCCUCGAGAAGUAAUGCUGAAAGGUAGUUCCUGGGGAGAUACUUAA